GGGAAUGGAGCGUGUGGAUCAGUGGAUGCUGCUGAAACUGGCAGAGUUAGAUACGUGAUGCUGCUCAAACAGCCUCAAACGACUCCAGCGAGCAGAUUAGUUUAUACCGCGAGAUUCCCGCUGAACCCGGCCGCUUUUCUUCUGUAUUUAUCUCACUGUUUUUAACCCCGUAUUCAUGCUGAAGGAAAGUGCCGCUCGCCCCAGAGAGUGACUGAAUUUGGGCUGAAGUUUUGGACUGAACCCCGGCGGCGUAAUGAAGACUCGAGAGGACAAACUUUUACAGUGCGCGUGGGCACUUUUGCUGCUCGCUUUUGCGCGCGCGGACUCCUCUUCGCUAUAUGACCGACAUGUAUUGGAGACCGCGGUGUCCGGGCUCGUGCUGGCCGGCGAAGGCGGCAAGGACGCGGGGACCGGGACCGCGCGCGGAGACGCACUAACCGGAGGCAGCCGGCGGCAGCGGAGGGAUGUGUCCGGAGAGCUGCACUACACCGUGGCGCUGGCGGAGGGCGCGAGGAGCGGGGACGUGGUGUUUACGGUACCGGACGAGCGCUUCACCGAGCGGCGCUUCGAGGCGCUCGCGGACGGAGGCGGGGCGGUGCGCGUGCAGCGCGACUCCGGGCGCGUGUACCUGCUGCGCGCGCUCUCGGCGCCCACACACAUUACGCUGAAAGUGCAGAACGCCAGAGGUGAUGACUGGUACCUGGUCCGACUGACUCUAACCAUGCCCAGUAUGUCUGACCUUCAGUGGGUGAUGUUUCCUCAGCCGUAUCUGGCUGCUGUGGGGCCUGAUGCUGCUCCUGGAUCUGUGGUCUAUAAGCUGGUGGCUCGACAGUUGGAUGGCUCUUUGGGAGCAGCGCAGUAUCUUUUAGUGGACGGCGGAGAGGACUGUUUCGAAGUGGAUAGAAGCUCGGGAGAGGUGAGGACUACAGGGCGGCCGCUGACACCCAGCAGAGAGUACACGCUGACCGUGCAGGCCGUGGACACACAGGGCAGGAAGGGUCCUCACGCUUCAGUGGCCGUGCUGGCUGGCUACCGUCCACCCCAGUUCACCAACACCACGUACUCCAUCUACGUCCCAGAGAGCAUCGCUGUGGGCCAAGCGGUGGCUGUGGUCCAGGCUAUCUCCUUCCAAAGGAAGACUCUGUCCUACAUGCUGUUGGUGAAUCCGGGGAACCUGUUCAGUAUAAAUCAGGAGAGCGGGGCGGUGAGUCUGACCCGGGCAGUCGACUACGAGAGUGGACCUCACCUUCACCACCUGCAAGUCCGGACCUCCGAACCGGACACGGGCCUCAGCAGUGUGGCAGAGGUAGUGGUCCACAUCACAGAUGAGAACGACUGCACUCCAGAGUUUAUGCAUUCCAUCUACAGCAGAGACAAUAUCCCUGAGACCACCCCACCUGGGACCUCUCUACUACAGGUGCUGGCCAGAGACUGUGACACGGGACUGAAUGCAGAGAUCUCCUACUUCAUCCAGAGUCUGGACUUUGGAGUCUCGGCUCAGGGGGUGGUGAGCCCCAGCCGGAAGCUGGACUACGAGAGGCCCAAUCACAUGUACGAGUGUGUGGUUGUGGCUGUGGACAAGGGCACACCCCCCAGAACUGGCACCGCCUCCAUCCGCAUCCGCAUGGCCAACGUCAACGAUGAGGCUCCUGUCUUCUCCCAGACUGUGUAUAAGACGUUUCUGUCUGAAGAUGCAGGUCCUGAGACACUGGUAGCUAUUGUUCAUGCCAAGGAUCCAGAUGGGGAUGGAGUGACAUAUGCCAUCACCGGGGGGAAUGAAGAUAGCAACUUUGAACUGGACAAUCUGAAGGGCAUCAUUAAACUGCGCCGCAGUCCUCCUCCUACGCUCCGAGGGCCUCAGUACGUCCUCAACGUCACAGCAACUGAUGACAACUCAGCCGGCGGCCCGCUUCCCCUCAGCAGCUCUGCCCAGGUCAUCGUCGGCAUCAAUGACAUCAACAACAACAAACCUGUGUUUGAGGAGUGUCAUAACUACAGUCUGAACGCUCUGGUGCUGGAGAACCAGCCGCCGGGCACUGUGGUCCUGCGGGUACAAGCUCACGAUGCUGACAUCGGAGUCAACGGAGAGGUCAAAUACGGGAUCAUGCAGCGAGACGGAGCCUCGCCAGGAUUCACCAUCGAUUCUGACACAGGGGUCAUCAGCACAGCAGUGAGUUUUGACCGGGAGAGGCAGAGAGAAUACACGCUGUCCGUCACCGCCACGGACCAGGCCGAGGAGCCGCUCAUCGGCAUCUGCCAAAUCACCGUCCUCAUCGCCGACCAAAACGACAACGACCCUAAAUUUGAGAACAGCCGCUACCAGUACUUCCUGAGAGAGGACACCCCAGUGGGCACGAGCUUCCUCCGAGCGGCGGCCCACGAUGACGAUCAGGGCUCCAACGCAGCCAUCACUUACUCCCUGUCCCACCAGAGCCCUGCGUACUUCCACAUUAAUCCCAGCACAGGAUGGGUCUACGUCAACCACCCCAUCUCUCAGACAUCGCGGAUCAGUCAGCAGAUCAUCGCCACAGACGGAGGGAACCGCAGCAGCUCUGUGGACCUUACAGUCAUCAUCACCAACGUUCACAACCAGCCACCGCAGUGGGAGCAGGCUGAGUAUUGGGUCACCAUCCCAGAAAACACUGUGCGGGACACCAAGAUAGUGACUAUAAAAGCCACUUCUCCUCUGGGUGACCCUCGUGUGACCUAUAACCUGGAGGAAGGUCAGGUGCCUGAGACGAACAUGCCUGUGCGUUUCUACAUCAAGCCCAACCGGAGAGACGGCUCAGCAUCCAUCCUGGUGGCCGAGCCACUUGAUUAUGAGAGCACACGCUUCUUUACCCUGCGCGUCCGUGUUCAGAAUGUAGCAGCAGUCCCGCUCGCAUCAUUCACCACAGUCUACGUCAAUAUCACGGACGUCAAUGACAAUGUUCCGUUCUUCAUGUCGAGCACGUAUGAAGCUACAGUGCCCGAGGGGGCUGAGAUCGGCACUUCGGUGGCCCAGGUUUCAGCCUCUGACCUGGACUCUGGUCCGAAUGGCAUGAUAAACUACAUCAUUCUAAAGGACCAGAGUGGAGACUCUCAGUUCUUCAGCAUUAACUCCUACACCGGAGCAAUCCACACCCGGGCAUCCUUCGACCGCGAGCAGAAGAGCUCCUACCUGAUCGAGGUCCAGUCCCAGGACGGUUCAGAGUCGGCACGACCGGGGCAACAAGGCCAGCCAAACACAGACACAGCCUACGUGAGGAUUUUUGUCACGGACGUGAAUGACAACGCUCCAGCCUUCUCUCAGUCUGUAUACGAGAUCAGUGUGGAGGAGGACAAGGAAGUGGGCUACGUAGUCAUUACCGUCACCGCUAAUGAUGAAGAUGAGGGUGCCAAUGCAAAGCUACGCUACCAGAUAACCUCAGGGAACACCAUGGGCACCUUUGAUGUUGAGCCAGAGGUCGGCACCAUCUUCAUUGCCCAGCGGCUGGACUACGAGCGAGUGCAGCGCUACGAGUUACGGCUGGUGGCGUCAGAUGGUAAAUGGGAGAACCAGACGAUGGUGGUCAUCAACAUCAUUAACCAAAACGAUGAAGCGCCCAUCUUCAGCCAGACUGAGUACCAUGCCAGCGUCACAGAGGAGCUGACUGAGCUGCCGGUCCUCGUGCUUGAGGUCUCAGCCACAGAUCCAGAUCAAGAGGCCGACCAGAGCGCAGUGCGAUAUUCGCUGCAUGGACAGGGUGCUGGGAGCGAAUUCACUAUAGAGGAACUCACUGGGAGGAUUUACGCUCAGAAGCGUCUCGAUCGAGAGGACCGUUCAACCUGGAGGUUUCUGGUGUUAGCCACUGAUGAGAAUGGCGCUGGCCUGACUGGCUUUGCUGACGUCCUGGUGGAGGUGCGGGACAUCAACGACAAUGCUCCUAUCUUCCUCUGUGCUUCUGACAGCUGCUUCGUGGGGCACGUGCCUGAGAACUCUCCAGCUGACACCUCCAUCAUGGAGAUGCGAGCCACUGACUUAGACGACCCGAAAGCUGGCAAGAACGCCAUCCUCACUUACAGGAUCGUUCAGAACGUCCGUAACGAGAUCAACCUCAACCUUUUCUCCAUCAAUCCGGCCACAGGGACCAUCUACACAGUGCUGCGCUCUCUAGACAGGGAGGUGGAGGACAGCUACCUGGUGGUGGUGGAGGCCAGGGAUGGAGGAGGCCUCUCUGGCACUGGAACUGCCACUAUUGUUGUUUCGGAUGUGAACGAUCACCCUCCGGUGUUUACACAGAAAGUCUACACGGCCACCAUGGCGGAGGACCUGGAUAUCAACAGUGAAGUUCUGGCAGUUGCUGCCACAGACGGAGAUGAGGGAGAGAACUCGGUGAUGACGUUCAGCAUCGUGGGUGGAGAUGAUGACCGCAAGUUCUUCAUCGAGACUGAUAAAGUCAAUCGACUGGGGAUUGUGCGGCUCAAGAAGAAGAUCGAUUUUGAGAAGCCCCACGAGCGAACGUUCAAUCUCACAGUUAAAGUGGAAGACGCAGACUUCUUCAGCGUAGCCUACUGUGUCAUCCAAGUUGAAGACUCCAACGACCAUGCACCCGUCUUCUUCCCGCAGUUCUACGAUGCUGGGUCCAUGUUUGAGGACGUACCCGUGGGCACCAUUGUGGCACAGGUGACGGCCAUGGACCUGGACUCAGGGCAGAAUGGAAAGUUCUCCUACAGUAUCGCUCCAGAGACUGACCCUUACCAGCAGUUCUUAGUUGAUAAGAAUGGCUGGGUGGUGGUGGCCGACUCCUUAGACCGGGAGAAGGUAUCUCAGCAUAGGUUGAUGGUGCUGGCCUCAGACAUGGGCAGCCCUGCUCUAACUGGCUCUGCCAUUGUGUUAGUGACUGUACAAGACAUUAACGACAAUGGACCUGAGUUUGAGGCUCCAUACCAGCCCAUUGUAUGGGAGAACACCAUUGCACCGCAAGUCGUCCACAUGAAUGCCACUUCCACUCUACUCCAUGCCACGGACCGAGACUCCUCACCUAAUAGAGGGCCUUUUUCCAUUCGCUUGCUGAUGCUCACCUCAGACGUCACAAACUUCAACCUCACAGAUCUGAGGAAUGGUAGCGCGAUGAUAACGGCCCUCCGUACCUUCGAUCGGGAGCAGCAGAAGCAGUACCUUCUCCCCAUUCUGAUGAUUGACAGCGGCUCUCCCCCAAUGAGCUCCACCAGCACACUGACCGUGACCAUAGGGGAUAAGAACGACCACCCGCACGCACCGGGACACUCCGAAUUCAUAGUCUACAAUUACGAAGGUUCUCUCCCCACGACUGUACUUGGACAAGUUCAAUCCCCUGACCUUGACGACUGGAGCGAAAAGGUUUACAAAUUCGAAGGCAAGCCCCCCAGACAGUUCAUCCUGAAUCAGAGCACUGGUCAGUUGAGUAUUAAGGGGGGCACCUCGGUCGGGUCGUACAGUCUGCAGGUGCGAGUAGCAGAUAAGGUUUGGCCGGACGUUACUUCCACGGCACAGGUGAAGGUCAGAGAGCUGAAGGAGGAGGCACUGCUCAACGCUGGAUCACUGCGAUUCGCCAACCUCACAGCAGAGGAGCUGUUCCGGGUGUCUGUGGGUGGGGAAAGUCUGUACGAGCGUCUCCAGCGUAUGCUCUCAGAGCUAUUGCAAACGGAGGUGGAGAAGGUUCACAUCUUCAGCCUGGCCAAUAGCACCCAGCCCAACCAGCGGCACCUCAGCGUGUGGUUCGCCGCUCACGGCUCUCCCUACUACAAGCCUGAGAAACUCCUUGGCAGUGUGGCCAUUCACAAGGCCAAGUUGGAGUCAGCGCUGGGUGUGUCCAUUCUCCAGGUGGGGGUAAAUGAGUGUGUGUAUGCAGACUGCAGUAACACAGGUGGCUGUUCCAGCAGAGUGACGUUCAGCGAUGCUCCCUCAGUUCUGAACAGGGGAAACGCCUCUCUGGUGUCGGUCUCUGCUACAGCCAGCGCUCAGUGCGGCUGCCUCGCCAGAGAGAGCCAGCACCUGUCCUGCUCCUCGUACCCCCGAAACCCCUGCCUCAAUGGGGGCACCUGUGUUGACGGCGAGAUGGGCUACAGGUGUAAGUGUCCACCGAUGUUUGAUGGGCCGGAGUGCCAGCAGACUAAGCACACGUUUCUAGGAGACGGCUACGCCUGGUUCCCUCCCCUGCGGCCUUGCUUCCAGAGCCACAUCUCUCUGGAGUUUAUCACAGAAGCAGCCAACGGCCUGCUGCUCUACAACGGCCCCCUCGGCGGCCUCCAGCCCGGAGACAAAGAAGACUUCAUCUCACUCGAGCUGAAGAAGGGUGUUCCACUGCUCAGUGUAAAUCACGGUUCAGGCACUCUCACACUGCAGCUUCCUCCUCAGGCCUCUGUCAGUGACCGCCGCUGGCACCGACUGGACAUCAUCAGUAAUGGCAAGGAAGUACAGUUGAUUCUGGACCACUGCUCUGGGGCCAUGGUAAAUGAAGUGGAGGGUUUAGGAGUGGAGGUGUUUGAGACAGAUCAGUCCGUGUGUAAAGUGUCUGCAGACACUCCAGGAAGUGAGAGAUUUCUGAAUGUGGAUCAGCCUCUGCAGCUCGGAGGAGUGAAGGAAACGCACCCACUGCGUCGCACACACCCUCACUAUAAAGGCUUUGUGGGCUGCAUCAGAAACUUGGUGGUGGACAGUCAGAUGUAUGACCUGAGCAGCGCAGCGGAGAGUGAGAACAGUGCCCCUGGGUGUGGGCUGACCGAUGGGGUGUGUCUGACGGCAGGAGGGCCCUCUUGUGGCCUGCAUGGAAGGUGCCUAGGGGAGUGGGGCUCCUUCAGCUGUGACUGCCACCCCGGCUACAGCGGACACAAGUGUGAGAAAGUGCUCCCUGAGUGGUCCUUUGACAAGGAGAGCAUGCUGAGGUAUCAGCUGAGAGGCGGUGGGAGUCCACGCAGGACUCACGCUCAGCUCCUCCUCAGAACACGCUCCUCCUCUGGCAGCCUGCUCAGCAUGAGCUCGCGUGACUCCAACGAGUUCAUCAUACUGCAGAUAGUUGACGGGUAUCUGAGUGUUAGUGCCAACCUGGGAGAUGGAUCCCACAGCCUGAAGCUCGGCAGCCAAAGAGUGGACCGCGGUCAGUGGGUCCUUGUCAGUCUCCAUCGCCAUGACAACCUGUUCACCCUGCGGCUAGAGCAGGGUGGGGGGUCGCGAGAGGUCACGGGGGUCCUGGGCAACAAACGAGAAAUUGUUGUGCAUCCCUCCAGCGUGCUUCUGGCAAACAGCGCUACACAGAACACACACACGGACUUUCAAGGCUGUAUGCGAGACGUACGUCUGAAUGGUCACUCUCUGCCUCUGGAUGGUCAGAGCAGUGAGUUCGCCACAGUGCUGGAGCGGCGUGGGGUGCAGGCGGGCUGCCACUCAGACGCCUGCAGCACCAAACCCUGCCACAGUCCUCUCUAUUGUGUAGAUCUGUGGAGAAAACACGAGUGCAGGUGUCCGGCAGGUCAGUUAGCUGUCGCUGACGAGCUGACGGGUGUAGCGAAGUGUGCUGCGUCCCCGUGCGGCCCCUCCACAUGCCGAAAUGGAGGCACGUGCCUGGCUCACUCCACCAAAAGCUACCAGUGCCGCUGCCCGGAGGGCUUCAGGGGCCAGUGGUGUGAGCUAGGUCAGGUUAAAGCUCUGCGCCUGGCUGCACUCAGCCCCAGUUCUAUCCUCGCCAUCAGCAUGUGCCUGCUCGUCUUCUUUGCUGUGCUGGUGGCAGUGACCGUGUGGAAUCAGAAGGGCAGUCGGAAUAAGUUCCGGAAGCGGGGAGUGUAUCACAUCCCAGCAGAGCACGAGAGCUGGGAGGACAUCCGAGAGAACAUCCUCAACUACAACGAGGAGGGGGGCGGAGAGCAGGAUCAGAAUGCAUAUGACAUCACAGAGCUGAAGAGGCCGCUGUGCUCCAGCCUGUCUCAGUCUUCAUCUUGCACCACGGCUCCUCUUAUUAAGUCCUCUCAGGGCUCUCAGGAGGAGGUUCUCCCCGGCGGGCUGCUUCCCUACCACCACAACCCGGGCUGCAGCACACACUGCGCCAUGGACUUCAAGAACUAUGUAGCGCGCAUCAUCUGGGAGGCAGACAACGACAACCUGGCCCUGCCCAUGGACACCUACCACGUUUACUGCAUAGAGGGCGAGGGGUCCGGCGCAGGCAGCCUCAGCUCCCUCAGCUCAGCCAUACCAGAGGAGGAAUUCAGCUACGACUGCCUGCGCAACUGGGGGCCCAAGUUCGAGGGCCUGAGUGAGAUGUAUCGCAGGCCGGAGCUGGCCCUCACCUACAGGGAAGCUGUCCAGAACCAGAACCUUGUCCACAGCAGAAGCCUGGAGCAACUACAGUAAUGACACGUUCCAAAGGAUGUCCUGGGAAAAGCAUCCAUCAGCAAAAAAAAAAAAGCACUGUUGCUGCAGAGUUGCAUUCUUUUUUCUGGAAGUGGAGACAUCCUUGUAAACAUGCCAGUGAUACCCCGGAUUCCCAUCUUGGUUUGUUUAGUGUCUUUUAUUAAGUUUCCUUAAGUUGUCUUCAAAAGGCAAGAAAAUAAACCUUAAACAGGCCGUUGGAGAUCCAUCUGUUGCAAACUUUUGUGAAACUGCCACGGAAGCUUUAAGACGAAUAGGAGGCAGGAGACUGGAUGAUGGAUGCUCCUUCUUAUUUAUUGAGUCUUUGUUUCCUCAGUGUGAACUGUUUAAAUGUACCAUAUUUAUUUUAGCCUUGAGAGAUGAGAGACAUUUUACACAUGGAACAAAAGCCAGAGAAGAGCUGCUUUCGUUUUUGUUAUUUUUUUGUUUAGAUUUUUUUGAGAUGCCUCUUCAGUGUCGGGUUACUGAAAUACGUUGUUCCCAUCUGCAGGAGGAGGUCAACCUACACACUUUGUUAUCUCAUUCCAGACGACCAAUCAGGGCAUGAUGAGCAUGUCUUGCAACCUGUUUAGCACCAGUGAGAAAUACCUCAGCCCUAGUAAAUAAUGAAUUUCGCUCCGUGCUCCCUCCCUCCAUUUUUUUUCCCAAAACAGCGCACCUUAAAGGCACCUUAAGGUUGCUACAGAGAGGGAAGCUGGAGUCGCCUGAGGUGGCAGUAAAUGAAUUCUCUGCUGCUGCUCCUACAUACAGGACUCUACAGUAGAGUAGUAGUUACUUUUUGCACUCUGAUACAAAUCCAAUGGUCAGUUGUGUCCACUGUGUCGAUUUUUUUAACAAACAACAACAACAAAAAAACAGACUUUUGCUAUUCCUAUGUCUCCCUUGUUUGGGAAGGGGGCGGUGCUUGUGCAAAGCCCACCUUUUCUCACACAUCUGAUGUCUGAUGAGUUGAGUGUUGAAUCAAGGUGACUCUGAUGAAGUCAGUUGAAUGUAUUAUUUAAUAACAGCAGAGGAAAGACUGUGUCAGAAAAAGUCAAAAAAGCGAAAAAUACAAUCACGAAAAAAAUAUGUAGUUGCUUGAAACUGUUUUGAACGGUCUAAAUUAACAUAGUUCUAUUUUUGUUGCUGUAAAAGAAAGGAUAUUAGACCUCCAAAAGGAUCCUCACUUUAUAUUUUUAAUGAAGUCCUAAGAAACAGUGUUACCAUUAAAAAUGGUGUUGUACCCUAUAAUGCUUGUUUCAUAGACCUGUGUACAGUUCUUAUGGUUUCUUUCUUGAAUGUUUUGUUCUUUAAUACUUUUAUUUAAGGAUCUGUGCACUUCAAAUAUGACUUUACUAACUGUUUUCUGUUAGAUUUGAAUACGUAGAUCUAAACUAAACCAGCUGUUAUUACUGAGGAGUUUAAACCAAGAAGAGAUGUGCACAAUACCAGUGCAGCUAAACACAAACUGCUGCUGUUUCAUUAUAGACAAAUAAAAAAACAGAUAUAAACAGAAUUUAACUACAGACUUUAAUCCCAGAGGCCAAGCAUGGGCUGACAGGCCCCAACGGUAUGUGUGUGUGAGAGUGUGGGUGCAUGUGUGUACCUGUGUGCAUGUGUACACGUGUGUGCUGUCAAUACUACAAACAUUCCACUUUCUCCUGCUCAUAGCUGUCUCACUAUAUGUGUAAUAUAAUGUAAAUAUGUAUGUUUUUUAGAAAUCGAACGUCAAAUAUUCCUUUUUGUAUUUGAAUUUUAAUAAAUAAACUGUUUCCUUAAAGCAG